UCUCAAAAUCAGUUUUUUCAUCAAAGAAAAAAAAAGUUUAGCUAGCUAGGGUUUGGAAUUUGAAAGAUGGGUCGUGGAAAAAUUGAGAUUAAGAGGAUCGAGAACACAACAACCAGACAAGUAACAUUUUCAAAACGAAGAACAGGAUUACUCAAGAAGACAAACGAACUUUCUGUCCUUUGUGAUGCCGAAAUCGGUCUCAUAAUUUUCUCAAGCACCGGAAAACUUUUCCAGUAUUGCUCUCAACCCUAUAGGAUGGAUCAGAUCAUUGAAAAGUACAAAAGAUCUACUGGUAAACGAAUUAUGGAGGAGCAUGAUCAUCAGAUUCAGUUUCACCAUAGGGAAGAAAUGUUGCAUGAGAUGGCAAUGCUGAGGCAAGAAAGUCUUCGGAUUGAAUAUGGAAUUCAACGAUAUCUUGGAGCUGAUGUAAACUGUUUAAAGUAUGAUGAUUUAACUAAACUUGAGGGAGAAUUGGAGAUCUCUCUUACUAAAAUUCGAAACCGUCAGAAUGAACUUGUGCAGCAGCAAAUGGAGAAUCUGAGAAGGAAGGAAAGAAUAUUGGAAGAUGAGAACAUGAAUUUAUCCAACUGGGUGAGAAUGUUUACUCCUACUACUAACGAUCAUAGGGCAAUGAUGGAAGAAAAUAAAAGAGUGCAAGAACAAGUAAUGGAUCAGUUUCCAUUUUUUGAGGAUCAACCUUCUAGUAGUUUCCUUCAACUUGCUGCACCUGUCCUCAGUCCUUAUCUUCAACUUGGUCAACCAAAUGUUCAAGAUUAUUUCAAUGCUAGGGACCCUGAUCAGCCAUAGAUAUAUUAGUAUUAAUCACCUAGAAGACAAUAUUUUAGUGAUCUAUAUGUUGGCAUUAUCAGUUUAUGUUAAUCAUGCUAUAUAUAUUGUUGUUAUAGGCA